GUGUUUUUGGAAGUGGAGGCUGGCUUGGCUGCAGUCACUAACUGCGUAGGACUUGACCAUAAUUCCCACACAGCUGCUGCCGGAUCAUUUCCAGAAUCCCAGCACAGCAUGUCCCCGACACACACAGCCGCGCUCUCCCUGCGUCUCUUCCCGCGGCUGCUACUGCUGUUCGGAGCGGGGCAGCAGUGUCUCGCAGCCCGUCCGUUGCUCGUGUUUCUGAUCGAUGGGUUCCGUUAUGACUACAUGGAUGACCUGCACGCGCUACCCGGAUUUCGCGAGCUCGUGGGCAACGGGGUGAAGGUGGACUACAUGACACCAGACUUCCCGAGUUUAUCAUACCCUAAUUACUACUCAUUGAUGACAGGCCGUCACUGUGACGUUCAUCAGAUGACCGGAAACUUCAUGUGGGAUGAAGCCUCCAAUAAGGAGUUCCUGAUUGGGGUCAACGCUGACAGUCGGUUGCCUCUUUGGUGGGAUGGAUCAGAGCCUUUAUGGGUCACCCUGCAAAAACUGGGAAAGAAGGUUUUCAUGUACUACUGGCCGGGCUGCGAGGUGGAGAUUCUGAGUGUCCGUCCAUCAUUCUGUGAGGAAUACGUCAACAACCCAUCAGAGAAAAACCUCACAGAUGCGAUAGAGAAUGCUCUCAAUGUCCUGAGGUCAGGCCAAGCAGGCAUGGCAGCAGUAUAUUAUGAGAAGAUAGAUGUGGAGGGCCAUCACUUCGGCCCAGGAUCUGAACAGGUCAGGACAGCUGUGCGACAACUGGAUCUCGCUAUGCAGACUCUCAACAGAAAAAUCAAAGAGAAGAAAAUGGUGAACCAGCUGAACAUUAUGCUGUUUUCAGACCACGGUAUGACAAAGAUCCAGUGGAUGGAGAAGGUUAUAGAGCUGGACAAGUAUAUCAACAUGACAGCUAUUGUCAAGAUGAUGGACAGGGGACCAGUGGUCAGUCUGUGGCCCAAAGAUAACAAGUACCAAGAGGUAUAUGCCGCGUUGUCCCAGGUCCCUAACAUGCGUGUCUAUGCCAGACAGGACAUCCCUGAACGUUUCCAUUUCAAAGGAGGGAGGUUUGUUUCCCCCCUGACGCUGGUGGCUGAGCCAGGCUGGUUCAUCAUCGAGAACAAGGAACAUCUCCCAUACUGGAAAAACGACUCUGGGGAACCCUCAGCCUGGCAAAAUGGUUGGCAUGGUUACGACAACGAGUUCCUCGACAUGAGAGGCUUUUUCUUGGCGACAGGACCUGACUUCAAGCGGAAUGUUCAGGCUGCUCCAAUUCGAUCAGUGGACAUCUAUAACCUCAUGUGCUGGACGUUGGGAGUGAAACCUUUGCCCAAUAAUGGUUCCUGGUCUCGGGUAGAGUACUUACUGAAUAGUUCUGAUGGUCCAUCUCUGCCCACAACCCUCUGCUGUAUGAGUGUGAUAGGAGUACUGCUUGCACUAUGGCACUAAGCAGACCGAUGUCGGAGCAUUUUCAGUUUUGCCUGUGGUUUUGUUUUCUUCUGCAAUUUCUCUUGAUUUUCAUUUGGUCGUCAAUCAAUCAUGGUGAAAGAUGAAAAGUUAGAGAUACAUGAUUUCUGGGUUAAAGGGUACUAUCCUAAUAAUUUUCUAAUACGUUCCUACAAAGUUUCCUGGAAAGAACUUGCUCAUUUAAAACUAACUACAGGGAAAAUAGGAAUAUUCUUGAAAAAAACUGCUCCAUUAUUCAUUAUUAAUCGAUUAUUGGAAACAUUGUUCUCUAUAUACAGUAUGUUACACUGUAUGCUUGCCUUUAGACACAUUUCACAUUUUUAUGUCCAGCCAGACUAAACUGUGUUCUCAGACUAAACUGUGUAGGUUACACUACCAAUUAAUAGAAAUCAAUGAAUUGGUAGUGAAUGUAGAGGCUAAGCCCAAGCUUUAAGCCCCUGAGGUGCUGUUCCACUGGUAGAGUAAUUGACACACUUUUUGAUCAAUGAAAGUCCAAAUCAUAUUUGCAGUUAAAACCUUUGGUUCCAUUUAUUUCCAUGAGAGCUUAGUUGGGUUUCCAGACAAAUCCCUGCUUGUAUAUAUGCCUGUGUAGUGUUGUGGUGUUGGUGUGCGUGUGGUCAAAAACUGUAUGUGCUUCAAAGAUUGGUUCCUAUUUAUACCAAGGGCACUAAUUGGCUCUUAUAGUGAACAAUUUAAGUAUUUCCAAACUACAUAGUUCUUUCUGGGAAACUUCCUAGGAAAUGGUACAGAAAAAUUAUACAGACCCCCAUAAAAAAAGCAUUAUGAUUUCUGUGUUUUGUAACCUUGAAGCUGUUGAAUGUAAACCUCUUCUCUUGCCAUUUUUGUUUCAAGAUCUAAUUUUCAAUUUUCAUUUCCAGAUCAGAAUCAAUCAUUUUAAAUAUCACAUAAGUGCACUUUUAAACUGGUCAUACAGUAAAUAAUGCUGACGUUGCCUACUUUUGAUACAUGUAAUAGGUUGGAAUGGUGUAAGCUAUACUUUUUUAUUGGCAAAGCACAAAUACAUGUAUGUUUUGAAACCCGA